CCAAAGUAGAGGUAGUGAAGGAUUGUUAAUCAAGAGUUACUAGCAUAAGGAGAGGCAGUUCGACACCUCUGAUCUAAAUUCUAAAUGAUUCACAUGCAUUAUAUUUUCGACAGUGAAGUGUUGAUAAUUUGUUUAAACAUACUACGAGGGAAUGUAUGGGAGAUACAGAAAAAGAGUAAAUAAAAAAGAUAAAGAAAAUAAAUAAUAUUAACAGGAAAAGAUUUUAUACAAAAUAUUCUUUAUAAAUAGUUGCAGCAUGAUUAAACAAAGUGCAAGGCCAAUACUCUAAGGAAACUAGCCAUUUAAUAUUAAUAAUGUUGUUACAAAUUUACGAAAAUCGACGCUCGUAAAUAUUCAUAUAUACGUAAAAACUGGAACAAUUUUAGUCACCAAUACACAUGUGCGACGAAUCCGGGGUGUUGGAAGGAUCAACAGUUCCCAUCACGUGGGAUUGAUCAUGCCACUUGUGGAUACGGCCCUGGGUGCCGGCAGGUUUGUUAGCCGGCGCGGAACGUAGCGGCGCUGCAUUUCAGGAUCCGUCGUCGACGGGGUCAUCGCUGUCGUGGUUGUGUGAAUUCAACGCGUUGUAACAAUCAUUCCCUCGAGGGAGUGAAACCGAGUGGAGCGUAGCGGAUCCGUGUCUUUUCUCGGCGGUACGUUUAUGCUGUGCGACCGAGUCACGGGAAACGUUACGGUGGUGUGCGCACAACCGCGUGUCCAAUUUAUUCGAUUCUCUGAUCGUUGACAAUGACCGUGCCGAUGGAGAAUUACUAUGAAGGUUCCCAUAUCUUUUCCUGGCUCGCGGACUUCGUCAACAUGCCGAUCGACCAGGUGAAUUUCGUGGUGUCACAGUUCGUGGCAUUCAUGUUGGCUGGUAUUAUGAGAAAGUAUCUUAACCCAACCGCAGUCACAGCAGCCACCAGACAUGUAUUCGCCCUCAUUAUCGGUCUUGGGCUUGGGUACUUCAGUUUCGGCAGGCAGACGAUACAUAUUGCAGGUCUCCCGGCAUUAUGUUAUGUAAUAAUGCGCACAAUAAAUCCACGUAAUAUACAAAGGGGUGUACUAACAGCCGCGCUGUUCUAUUUGUCUUGUGUGCAUUACCAUCGGAUGAUGUACAAUUAUGGCUCGUACACUCUUGAUGUCACUGGACCGCUGAUGGUGAUAACGCAGAAAGUAACCAGCCUCGCAUACAGCAUACACGACGGAUUAUUUGUACGUGAGGAAGAGCUCACGCCACUGCAACGUAGUCAAGCCAUCAAAAAGAUGCCCACCACUUUGGAGUACUUUAGCUACGUCUUCCAUUUUCAAGCUCUGAUGGCCGGCCCAGUGAUACUGUACCGCGAUUACAUCGAUUUCAUUCAGGGGCACAGCUUGGCCGGCCGGAAACCUUUGACGGGGUGCGAUAAGAAUUCCGGCCAUUAUAGUGAAAUUGUCCUGGAACCGUCGCCGCGUUUGGUCGUAAUAAAGAAAUUGAUCGUGAGUUUGUUGUGCGCCGCUAUGUUCGUGACUUUCAUUCCGAAAUACCCAAUCCAGAAGUUGAAAGACGAGGACUUUCUGCACAACACGAAUGUGUUCCAGAAAAUGUGGUAUCUGAUGAUCGCGACCAUGCUGGUGCGAUUCAAGUAUUACCACGCGUGGAUCUUCGCCGACGCGAUUUGUAAUAAUUCUGGCCUCGGAUAUAACGGGGUGGAUGAGAAAGGACAGCACAAAUGGGAUUUGUAUUCGAACGUGGAUGUUUAUGGUUUUGAGAUGUCUCUGAGUCUGAGGGACAGCAUUGAACACUGGAACAAAGGAACCAAUAGUUGGCUUAGAUUUAUUGUUUAUGAAAGAGUCAAACAUAGUAAACUUGUGCUCACGUACGCUCUCUCUGCCUUGUGGCACGGGUUUUAUCCCGGCUACUAUUUGACAUUUGCGAAUGGAGCCUUUUUCACUGUGGUAUCACGCAUAGGGCGUCGUAAUAUUCGACCACAUUUCUUGGGGUCCAAACGUAAACAGUUCCUCUACGAUGCGCUUACGUUCAUAGCAACGCGGAUCUUAAUGGCCUACAUUACAUUCAGCUUUAUACUCUUGGAAUUCGUACCAAGUAUUCGAAUGUACCUGUAUUUAUACCUGAUUGUACAUAUAGGAGGUCUUGCUAUAAUAAUCAUUGCACCUCGUCUUCCGAAGGUUCCAUCGCAUAAGACGUUAGCCGACAAAGCGGUCAACGUUUCUCAGGAAUUAACUAAUGGAACUUUGCACAAAUCCAAGUGAACAGCAUUUUCGAUGCUAUCGAAAAUCGGUGGUCGCAAAAGAAACAUAUUUUUUAUAAAUGUUUUAACAUACACAUGUACACGUAUGUGUGAAUAUAUACAUACGUACAAUAUAUUUAUUGUUAUAACGUGUUACUGGUACAAAGUCUAUGUCGUCGAGAGUGUAAAGAGUCUAAUUGCUUUAUAUAAUGUGAGUGAGUAUAUCUUAUAUUCGAGAGUCUUGUGUAUAUGUUGAGCAGUUGUUCAAGCAUUCAAGACACCAGUGGUAAUGUUGCAUGUUUUUAUUAUUCGAACGAACACGCGAUAGUCUUGUUUAAUAUUCUUCGCGUUCCUUUCCCCGUUUAUUUUUCCCAUUUGCAAUGUUAAACUAAGAUUGUAGUUAAUAAAUUGUAACACUUAUGUAGGACGCGUUGCGCAAAUUUUAAUUCAAAGAGAUAUACACGCGAUUUUACAGUUUUAUACUUUUAGUAAGCGCAAUAAUACUACUAUUAAUUUUAAAUAAAUCUGAAUAUUUAUUUAUUAAAAUA